AUGGAUACCGGCUCAACCACUUCGGUCUCCUACCAUGUGUCCUGCGCCUCCGAUGCAGACGAGUCGAAAUAUCUCCAAAGGGUUCAAUACCUUCGUUGGGUUCGACUCGCUCUCGGGAUCAUCAUCUUUGGCGUCGCGGUCUCUAUCAUAGGGUGUGAAGCAGUCCCCUUCCAGCAUUAUCGAGCGACAUCAGCAUACGGCAAGGUCGGAUUAUAUCUCUGGCCCUUGAACUUCGACAUCCGUCCGACCGUCGCAUUGCUGUCCUGUGGUUGCAUAAUUGCCUUUCUGAAUUUGACAUACACCAUUAUCACUCUCCUUCCUUCUCCCCACGCACAUAUCAAACGACAAAACCUCGUUUCGACAGCCAUCGCCAUCUCAGGAUUCCUCACUGCCUUAGUGGGACUCAUCUUCGCCGUCCAUCUCCCAGACACAAAUCCCCCCAACGGGUUCACGAAAGUAGAAACACUGCAUUCAUGGACUUGCAAAUGGAAAACCGUGCAUGGUCCACUGUCGCCGAAGGUGGAUGACACAGUCACUCCACCACCUGCUCAUUUCGCGCGUGACUGUGCUCUCACUCGGGCGUCUUUUAUUCUGACAGGACUGGCUGUCGGUUUAGCGAUUCUCAUGGGGGUUGCGGCUGGUGUUGGGGUUUGGUUUGAGAGAAGUGUGUCUCAGCAACGAGAACAGGAUACUUCUCCGUUGAGGAAGAUUAAUAUCAUGGCGAAGUAUCCGGGUGUUUGA